AUGGAGUCGUCAGAUGAGUCUGACUUUGAUGGGUUCGACGAACAGGACAUCGACGAGGCAAACGCGAGAUGUAUGUUAAAACAGCAAGAACUUGAACAGGUUGAAUCAUAUAACAAAUCAGACAUUGAUUUUUCUGAUAAUUCUGAUGAUGAGGAGGAGGAUACUGCCGACUUCAGUGACAAUGAAAUCGAAAGUGAAAAUGGUGGCGACCCAUAUUUAGAAAAUUUGAACUUUGAAUGGACUCGUACAUUAACGGAGGUUAUUUUGCCAGAUUUCAAUGAAAUUACCAGAGUUAAACAUGGCCUUCAGUCUGAUGCAAACCAACUUCAGUAUUUUCAACGGUUUUUACCGCAAUGUUUCUUCGAAAGUGUAGCAGAAGAGACUAAUAGAUAUGCUCAACAAAAAGGGCCAGAUCCAAAAUGGACGCCGACGUCAGCCUCUGAGGUAAGGGCGUUCAUUUCAGUAAACAUUAUGAUGGGUGUGCGUCGGCUCCCUAGACUUGCGAACUAUUGGAGCACUGAUAAACGAUUUUCAGAUCCAUAUAUUAGCUCCAUAUUUCCAAAGAGUAGAUUCAUCAUCAUGAAUAGAUACAUUCACCUGCGUGACACUAGCAAUGUUCCAGGGAGGAACGAUCCUGAAUAUGACCCAUUGUUCAAAGUGAGAAAUAUGAUAGACUUCAUAGUCCCCAAACUACAAGAAAACUACAAUCCAGGGCAGAAACUUUCUAUAGAUGAAGGCAUGAUUGGAUUUAAAGGAAGAGUUCACUUCAGGCAGUACAUGCCAGCUAAACCUACUAAAUAG